GAGUUGGGUUAAGGUAACGAGAUCUGGUCAUUGAGAUUUUCAUUUUGGUAAAAAAAAACUCUGUAGGAAGCUUGAGCUGACAGCCAGACUGCCGCCCACUCUGAUCUGUAUUAUGUCACAGCUAUUAUGUUGAGUGGGGUUACAGAAAAUGACUUGAUUGAGAGAAACUCAGGAAACAAUAUCACAAUGCAAAACCUUCAAUGUGUCACUCAUGGAAGUAAAAAAAAUAACGUUAAGUUCAUUUGUUCUAUCCUCAAAUAACAUUUAAAAUGACUAAUCAAAAGACUAUGCGCUAGCAACACAAACCUGUGAUUAAUAAUUGGUCUAUCUUUUGAUUAAAGUUUUAAAUUGACAGUAAUACGCAGUGAAAUUCUCUCUCUUUUGUGAAGAGGGGGGCGUGUAGCGAAGUCUACAUAGUUUAUCUUGUAAUCUCACUUAGAUAACAUACAGUGUUACUCACUAAUUGUUUGUCCUACAUCUACAGUUAAAUCGUUGUAAAUUUGUAGUUUUUUUGACCAGUUGAGAACCAGGUAGCGAACCUAAGCAACAUCUCUUCCGAACUUCAUCUCCCAUGUGGCAUUGCGAGCGGUCUGUUUCUAGGUGUCUAGCAACAGCUACCAGCCCAGACAGCCGGCGGCAACGGGAGCGCUCUUUCUCGGUGUGUCUUUCCACGAUUAUUCGCUGCCGGGUGUUCAGAAAUAAAAGUCAGUUGGCUGAAAAUAGUGAAAAAACAACCCUGACCCCUGCACAGAGAUAUGAGCGGCAGCGGGCGGCCCAGGACCAGCUCGUUUGCUGAGCCGCCAGGUGUUCCAGGAACCGCUGCUGCGUCCACCGGAUCAGCCGCUGCCGUGGGGAGCAGCACAGGAAAGUCCGGGGUCCCUCAGGCCUCCGGCAGCAGCUCGUCGGGAUGCUCGAACCUAAAGCUCGCUAGUAAGUUCUUGUUAAAUGCUAGUUAUUUAAAGAGUCUACCCACCCCUUGAAUAUUGAGAUGCACUUUACAUUUGUGAUAUUAGUCAAUGUUGAAUGUCACAAUCUUAAGAGAAGUCGUUAUAGCUCCGGUAAAGUGCUAACUAGCAUGCUAAUCUGCUAGCGAGCUAACCAGCUAGCGCUAGCCACUUGUUUUGUAUGUUACUUGUUCCCCGUCCGGCCGAUAGAUGUUUUCAGCCCUUCAGAUGUCAUACAAGCAGCCUGGAAACUUUGUGUAUUACCCAGUUUCAAGCCAGUCAUAUUUUUGAUCACUUUUAUUUAUUAAUCUUAAAUUAUAAAUCAAAUAUGUGUUUAUUUUCCCUGUGGUCAGUGGGAGUGAGCAGGAAAACGGGCUCUGUUGUUCUUUGUGGUCAAGCAGGACUCAUAUAGACCAAAGCUUGAUUGCAGCAUUCACGGCUCUUUUUUGACUUCAGCUGUCAAUCUGGCUCUCCUUAAAACGGAUCAGGGUGCAAAGUUACCUUUUCACCAAGGUCACCUGUGGGGCAAAGGCUUAGCAGCAGGUGGCCGGCGCCUGGAGGAUGCAAGUGGAGGAUGCACAUGCAGCACAAGAGUCCGGCUGUGUGCUGCAAGGUUAUCUGUCAUGGUUAGAAAGAAGUAUAGAAACAUUGACACUACGUUAAAACAUGUUUAUGACUGAGCCAUGAUCUGUUUGAGUUUGUGGUAUACAACACUUUUUCUGGCCCUCUUUGACAAAUAAAACAAAACAAAAUGAUAACUUCAAACUUUUGAUAAUCUUGAGCUGCAAGGAUGCCAAGAAGUAUUCUCCUUCAUACUGGAAGGAUUUCUCUUUGCGCUUUGCAACAUAGCGGCAGGUGUAAGCAGAGAUGUGCGUGCGUGCUGUUAAUCCAAACCUUAUCAUCCAUUAGCAGGCAGUGGUGUGUGACUUUGAUAUUAGAGCCCUGAGAGGAGGUCAUCCUCAGUUCAAAGCUGUGUGACCCUUUGCUCCCUUCAAGCAGCAGCAGAGAAACACUGCCCCAGGCCUCUUAAAGCUUAAAUGUUGCCUUCAGCUGGUAAAGAUGCUCUUUUUGGAUGAUUGAUGUAUACAGUGCCAGGUUUGGGAGUCUUGGCGGCUGUUUCAAGAGGCCGGAUUAACCCAGUUAGCCAGAUAUUUCCAAGAGAAAAUGAUGUGAUUUGACACUUUGAAUUACUGGUGAAAUUAAACUUGGACAUGGAGUAUUAAGGAUGUUGUGUUGCCAUACCAACCAGUGGUCUGUCAUUAUGAACAACAGUGGAAAAUAUGUCAUGCCUUUGAAGGCUCUCACCAGAAUGAAACACUUUUUAGCCGCUCAGUAUUUUAGUCCAGAUAGCAUCAUCUCAGUAAACUUGUUAAACUAGGAGUUGUUUCACAGUGUUGACCUAAAUGAAAGAAUGGUAAAGUUCUUCUGCUAGUAAUGUAUUUGUUGCCUGUUUCCUAGUUGGUUCACAAACUAUGAGGCUGGGAUGGAAAGGAUAAGAAUUUGACACAAAGAUGUACAAACAUUAGAAACAUUUCCAACACCAGACAGCAAAUUCAGAGGCUUUCAAUACACUUGUGAUGUUCAAGAGAGUGCUCCAUUCUGACAGUAUUUAAACAUGAGACCCUGUAUCCUGAAGUUUGAUGGUAACAAUUCAUAUUCACUGUUUCAUUUACUUCCUAACAGUUAAAGGUGGGGUAGGCAGGAUCUGAGGAAGUUCCAGUUUUUAGGAGAAAUCUUGAAUGUAAACUCUACCCCUCCCAACCAGUUUUCCCCUCAGCUCCUCCUCUCCCCUCCGUCUCUGCUUCCAGUUAAAUUCAGAUAUAAUGCAGAUAAAUACUUCAGAUAAUUACAAAUGGGGCCCAGUCAAGGUGAAAGUAAAAAGCAUUGGUGCUACUGUAGAUGCCAAGGGUCCGUAAGAUCCCGAAGCAUCCCCCAAAUGCUGCAUUGACGUUUACCCGUCUUUUUAGCUCAUUUUAAGCGCCCAUUAUUCCGCCAGAGUCUCCGGUAUUUACUUUGUUUUCUUGCUUGUGUCGGCAGUCAUGGCCAAAGGAGGAUUCAGACAAUUUUCUGUACUUUCUGGUUGGUUUCUACUGUCUGAUAUCGUAGCACGCUAACUUUGUUUGGGCUCGUGAACAUUAUUCAAAGAUGUGGAGCGUGCCUCAAAACACAAGGGAGCAGCGUCUGCCUCACAACCAAUCAGGUCGGGGAGGUGGAGAAUGGCUUUGUUUACAGUCAGAAAGAGCGGACAUUCAAAAUAUUUUUAAUGUUGACUACACAGACGUAACAGAACACAGCGAUAUCAUUAUAUUCCCAAAUGUCAUCAAUAACUAAUAACUAUUGACUGAUAGCAAAAGCUUUUUUGUAUAAACACCACAAAAAAAGAUGCUUCUUUUAACGGAUUCCUGCCUACCCCACCUUUAACAUAUGAGCGCCCUCCAUUUUUAGGAGGUAGCCUUACAUGCUGCUGACACAUGAGGUGUUAUUCAUUUGGAUCUGCCCCAUUUUUAAAAUACCUGAGGAUUAAUACCCCAUUGAAGUGUCAUAUUGGUGCAUUACCAGGUGGUAUUAAGAGUCACACCCAAAGAUUAGGCAUCAUUGAAGUGGUUACUCACAUCCUAAAGAGGGACUGACAAGUCCAGACAUGUUUUGUCGGUGAUAUCGAGAGGUAAAAGAGAUGCCGGUGAUCUAGAGAAGGUUCAUUGAGCAGUUUCAGUGUGAUUACGCCCUCGAUGAUAGAGCUCAAUUCCUACUUUUUUCAGACAUAUUGGCCGAGAACAAAUUCCCUUAGUGAUAUGUUUUUAGGAAACUUCAGCUGUGAAGUCACGAGACACUAACUACUAUUGUGGCAAGUCUACAAACAGUGUAUUGUGAUACGUUGUCAAGACAAACACCCGUGAAAAUAUAAUCAAGAGGAUUUGAAAAUAGAGUGCAGACGACUCCUCCACAUCCCAGUCACACAGUUACUCUGCUGCUGUGACAGUGUCCAGCCUGUUGUUCUGUUAUUCACUGUCUGUGCAGCAGAUCCAGGAUUUCUCCGUGGGUGACAUCAUCAUCAUCACAAUUGUCUGUCUCUUCAUCACCAUUGUCCGAAUUCACAAACUCAUUUGAGCUCUAAAACAAUCGAAGGGACUUUGUUUUUCAGGGCGGAUUGUCCCUUUAACAGAACUUGUACAGUCCGUGACACCAAGGACAACCACGAGGGAAAAAGAGUAGUGGUGGUAUCACAAGAUGAGUGGAUGUAAGUUUUAUCGUAAUCAGCUCUGAGUUCACCGAAACAAACAACCACAAAGAUUUAGGAAGUGGACACGGGUGUGUUUUUGUGGCACACGGUCUGCAUGAGUCCAAUAAAUCCAAAACAAUCGAGACUUGAUAGAAACCUCACACUCACACCACAGGCUCUCCCUAUAGCGCAGAUGGCCUGGUUAGAUUUUAGGGAAUCUUGCUGCAUUAAACUGCAUAUUAAUAAGGUAAACUUAGAUCACUUGAAGCUACAGAGGAGUUCAUCUGAGUACAUGGAGGUUUUUGAGUAUUAGGGCAAAACAGUAACCCAGAAAAUCGUCUCGUUAAUGCGGCAGCGCUCCAAAUUUCCAGGACUCCUUUUGUUCUUUGAGUUGAGAACUCACAAUGAACAGAUACGUCGUUGAAGUUUGAAAUAUUACAUGGUGUUUAUGGGAUUAUUUCCUCCUGGAGACUUGAGUUUCCUUCUGCGAUUGUGAGCUGAAUGACAGGAAGCCGAGUGUGACACAGUUCACCGCUGAAAGGAAAACACAGACACAAUGAAAUGAUGACAAUACGGGCACACUGACACAGCCUGACUAAUCCAUCUUUUUUUAUUUUGAUGGAUGGUUGACCUCAGGGAAGUGAAAAAAUGAAAAACAGGUGCUCUGACAUCUCUAGGUUUCCUCACACAUCAGCAGUAAAUAUGAAAUAGUCGCAUUACAGACGAGUGACAAGAACCUGUCUCCUAACCGGCUGUCCUAGUUUUCACCUGGAGCUCCUGUACGCUGAGCGCCAGUGUGUGUCUGUGUGUAUCCACUCCUGUUCGGAUGGUGAACCCAGUGACCCGGUCACUCUGCAGGCCUCACGGUUUCAGCUGUAACGGAUCCGACCAGCACGAAUACAGAAUGAGCAGCACCGUCAAACUUUUGUAAAGGCUGAGGACAGUUUAGUGUGUGUGUGCCUGAAUAUGAAGGUACCAGAAGACCGGCACGUGUCUGUCUGUCUGUCUGUCUGUCUGUCUGUCAGAGAGCAUCAUCAACAAGUGCAUUGUGUUGUUUGGUAAACAAAUCACUAAGUGUGUGUGGACAUUGUCCGAGUGACAGCGAUACACUGCUGUGAGAGAUAAUGACACAAAGCUGCUCCGUUAUUCAAGUGAAACAUUUUGACCCCUUCAGGUAAAGUGGGACAUCACUUUUUACCCUGUACAUGCAAAUCUCACUUUCAUUGAUCAAUCGAACCUCACACUGACGGUGAAAAAAGCUGUUUGACUGUCGGUGAGCUGACCCUGUUUAACAUCAGGAAUUCAGCCUUUUAUUCCAGAGAUAAUCUUGACUGCUUUUGCAGCACAUAUAGAGGCAUCACUGCAUAAUUCAGUGUUUUUUGCAUGUUGUGUUGAUCAGUUUAUGCUCUUGACUAGUUGAUCUCUGGUUUUUAUUUCGGCUCUGAUCUCCUUUUUUCUCUUUGAACUGAAUUUCUUCUCUCAUUUUUACGCUUUGAGACGCCUCCAACCCUUCUUUCUUUUUCUUGUAAUUACACAUUCAUCGACUGUAAUAAAGUUUACUAGUUUGUCUCAUCUGCUUUAAGAGGGUUUCUGUGUAUCCCUGUGUGCCUCGCUCUUUCCGUCACUGCAAUCACACGCUAUUUUUUCCAGAUACUCACCUUUAACCUACAUUUUUUUGCUGCAUCAUUGUUUCCAGAACAAUUAAGUUUGUAAAUGUCACGUAACGAGUGUGGUUUCAUGGUGUUGUUACCCACAAAUUGGGUGAGGUUUAAGUAGAGGUGGUUGACUCACUUCCUCUUCCUUGAAUCAGUUUUAAAGUCCAAAGUUUUUAGAUAAAUAAAGUUGAAAGAAGGAAACUCUAAAAGUGAAGCACAGGCCUAAACUAAUACUUCUGUUGAGGUUGUUUGCUCUGAAUGUAGACUGACUAUUUAAAGGUACAAGUAUUACAUUUGUUGAUGUGUAAAAGAAAAGUAUUCGAUGUUUUUUAGUAAAGAAGUAAGAAUCCAAACCGUAAAAAAGAGGAUUUCUGCUGGUUUGUUUUCUUCAUCCUUUAACACACACAGAGCUCUGAUCGUUUUAUUGGACAGCAGACAUUUUGACCACGCAGACUUGUCACACAGACGGAGCACAGAGUCCAUUCUCUAAAACAAUUCAAACACAGUCUUACAUCAGCCUCGUGUUUAAUACUUACCUGAGGCCAGACUGGUUUUUUUCAGCCCUCAGAAGCUUCAUGGCACUGAUUUACUCGGUCUCUGAGGAGAACUUGAAUAAGAAAAACACUGAGAAGUCACCGGUUUGAAGGUUUACAGUGGUGCACAGAUUUGUUUUUGCAGUAUCUAAAUGACCAGAUUGCGAGUCACAACAAAAUGAUUCUGGUGUUUGGGGCUGUUAUCUCCGAAAAACAGUUUUUGGGGACAAAGAAAGCAGUUGGCCUAUUUUUGGGUUCAUUCCCAGUUUAAUUAGUCACAGUGUCUUGAAUAUGAACCCUAUCGUUCCUUUCUACUUCCUUAGAGGCGAUGUGGAGCUGACAUCCAUUCACUUGACUGUCAUUAACCUAAAUAUCCAAACGGCGAGCGGGGAAGCUGCAGCGAGUGUCCAGGGCUGAUGAUUGGGGUGUUGUUUUUGUCACAUUGUGAAGGUGUUUCAUAUCGUCCCCUCUUGUAAAAAGGUAUUUUCGGUAACGCAGCCUUUUAAAGCUCCUUAUUAAAACUGAAGAGUAAGCACUACAAAGCAAUUAUCACAAGCCUGUCGUGACUCACAACUACAUAACUGCACUUCAAAUUCAAAUAAAGGGGAUGCGAUGUGCUGAAUCAUAACUCUGUAUUUUUCCCCGACCUCAUGUUGACCCCGUUACUUCUUGUUUCCUAGGAGACAGCGGGAAGGUGACGACCGUCGUGGCCACUCCAGGCCAGGGUCCGGACCGCCCACAGGAAGUCUCUUACACGGACAUCAAGGUGAAAAAAAAAAAAUAAAGUUAAAAAUAAAAAAAGAGAGAAAGAGUCGUUACAGAGAGCUCUGUCCUUAGAUGCCGCUGCAUUACCUCAUCCGCUGCUGUAACUGAGACCGCUAUCACCACCACGCUGCCCCCCGUGACUGCAGUACGUCUGUCUGGAGUUGAUAAGGUUGUUAAUCAAUAGCAGUGGCUCCUUAAUAAUCCCACCAAGUUCUUUUUGGAGUCCCGGCUCACUUUUCAGCCUAGUUUCUGUAAACUAUCCGGUCUCUGAUCUGGAAAUCUGACAUAACUGUGUCAGUUACAGGCGGAUAAAACCAGAGCGGCUGUUGGAUUGAGGUGGAGAGAUCUUAACAACAGACCAUGUGGUGUUCUUUUUUUUAUCUUUAUCUAAGAUUAUCUAAUGCUUCUGUAACUGUGUGUUUAUCACAAGUUUAAUCUUGAAUGAUGUUGUCUUAUCUGGAGUAUUGACACCUGUGUUACCUGUGAUCGCUCUCUAAUCAGUCUAAUCAACAUGAAACAUAAAAUUAAAACUGGUUCAUGCUCAAAACAGAGAAAUCACCACCAUGAGUGAGUGAGUAACACUUAUGCUAACUUCAAUCAUGAUAUCAUUAUUAUCUUUUUUAUCUGUACUGGUGUCAUGAGACAGCUCAGAGGUAAAUCAUCCAGGGUUUUUCUGUGUUACUCUUAAUGAAUUUGUAGGAUGAUGAUAAAACACGAGUAAAUGUGCAUUUAAUUUCCAUUUAGGUAUAAUCUGCACUGCCUUAUAAUAUUAUUAAUAAUUGUAUGUUACUUCUUGAUGACAGCACUGAAAUUUUUCUAUAUUAAUCUGUAUUUAUCUCCUCUAUUUUAGGUGUUGCAUCUAAUGCUAGAUAAGCUUAAAAUGACAGUAGAGCUAAUAAUGAAAAGUUCUUGUUUCUUUAGAAAAACUCAAAAAUAUUUCACACUUGUAUGAUUCUGGAGGUAAUGUAUUGUAAUGUUUUAUAUAAUGUUUUAUAUAAUGUUUUAAUAUAUUCUACUGUAUUUAGUUUUAAUGUACUUUUAAUCUUAUUUUAAUUUUAAUUUUUAUAAUGUUCUGGAUAUUGUAAGGAGACCUUGAGUACCUUGAAAAGUGCCCUAACAAAUAAAAUGUAUUAUUAUUAUUAUUAUUAUUAUUAUUAAUUUCUGUCAUAUAAGCUCAUUUCUGUCUGUUAAAAUAUAAACCAAGAACAACAUUAAAGUCAGUUUGUCGGUGCUUUAAUACCAAAUCCCGGUGUAACAGACUGAAACGACAGCACUCGCUGCCUCUGCUCUGUCGUUAGAUGACUUUAAGUUUUUCCUUGAGGCUCCUCUUGUGCCGGGCGAGUACCUACUCAGAAACAGGAGGUUCAAGAGUUCCUCUUAAAAGUAUUAAAAAAUACAUCAUUCUCUCGGCGCCUGCAGUGCUUUUACUCAAAAAUGGAACUAAGAGAAAGUUCCUCCAGUCUGAACUUUACCUCCGAUGACUCGACUGAAAUGGAAAGUCUAUUUAUCACAUCUCUAUCUUUGUAUUUCUCGUUAAACUGUCGUUAAUCCUCCUCAGGUGAUUGGAAAUGGGUCGUUUGGUGUGGUGUACCAAGCUCGCCUCAUCGACAGCCAAGAGAUGGUGGCCAUAAAGAAAGUCCUGCAGGAUAAGAGGUUCAAGGUAGAGCGAAACUUUGUCUAGUCUAAACUCCUGUCGGACAUGUUUGAGUGUCAGACAUCAUCUGGAAAUAUUAGAGUCAGUCUUAAUAACUGCUAAAGUUUUUUGUAAUCCUCCGUUUGUUUUAUCUUCACAGAAUCGAGAACUACAGAUCAUGAGGAAACUGGAUCACUGCAACAUCGUCAGACUACGUUACUUCUUCUACUCCAGUGGUGAGAAGGUACAGCUCAGGUCUUACUCUUACUCAAAAACAUCGCCUCAUUACACGAUAAAAUCACUCCUGACAUGGUGAUCCUGACCGUACCAACUUAAAUUAACUCGUGUGUAUUUUAAACUCUGUGAUUUGUCUUCCUCUCUCUUUGUCCUGUGCCGCACAGAAAGAUGAAGUGUAUCUCAACCUGGUGCUGGACUAUGUCCCCGAGACGGUCUACAGGGUUGCCAGGCAUUUUAACAAGGCGAAGAGCAUCAUCCCCAUCAUAUAUGUGAAGGUAGAUUUCUCCUCUCUCUGUGUUUGUUCAUCAGGGAUUUAGAAUUAAAUGUCCCUGAAUAUCAUCUCUUUCACAGUCUUUAAUCACCGUGUUUGUGUGUUUUUCAAGUGUGUAAAUUGAUCUUUUGUUCUUAUUUGAACAUCCUCAGGUGUACAUGUACCAGUUGUUUCGCAGCCUGGCUUAUAUCCAUUCCCAGGGUGUGUGUCACAGAGACAUCAAGCCUCAAAAUCUGCUCGUCGACCCAGAAACUGCCAUCCUCAAGCUGUGCGACUUUGGCAGGUGAGCUGCGUGAACAGAUGGAUUUCUCCCUCUCAGACACCGAGGAUCUUUUUCCUUUUUUUUAAAGCAGUUUUUAGGAAUAAAGAGUCGUACAUUUGAGCUGAUUUUGUAACUGAACUGUAUUCUUGCUGGUUUCUUUCUUUGUUUGUACAGCGCCAAGCAGCUUGUCCGUGGUGAACCCAACGUGUCGUAUAUCUGCUCUCGGUAUUACCGCGCCCCCGAGCUCAUCUUUGGUGCCACAGACUACACAGCAAACAUUGACAUCUGGUCAGCAGGCUGCGUACUGGCUGAGCUGCUGCUCGGACAACCCAUAUUCCCCGGUGACAGCGGAGUCGACCAACUAGUAGAAAUUAUCAAGGUGAGCGUGGAAUUUCUGUCUGAGCAGGUAUCAGAGAUCGCAGAGAUCUGUAUGUUCAGAUAAAUACAGCCUGCUCUUGUGUUGGUGUGUCAGUAGAAUAAAUAGUAAAUCACACCUACAGGAUAAACUCGUGUUUCUACAGAAAUCAGCUCAUAAUGUUUGGACGUGUUUUCAGGUGCUGGGAACCCCGACAAGGGAACAAAUCCGAGAGAUGAACCCGAACUACACAGAGUUCAAGUUUCCCCAGAUUAAAGCCCAUCCAUGGACCAAGGUGAGUCAACACCUGAGGUAGAAACCUCCCCAGGAACCUCUGAACUCGUGUGUGUGUGUGAAAGAAAACAACAAAUUAAAGUGUUGAAUUCAUUUUUCUGCUGUUUUAACGAAUGUACUUUGGUUGUCUUCAGUCCCCUCAUGUAAGCUCUAAGCAUUAAUCCAUAUGUUCUGACAUACCUUACACCGGCUCAAUAGGAGAGGAUACCUGUGGGCUUGUUGAUGCCCACACAGUCUAUUUCAAUCUGAGAGUCGAAGAGAGUUUUGUGUUCUGAAAGUCGGUUAACCCUGACGCUUUUAUCGCUUAAAAACAACCUAAAAACACGAGGAAUGGCCCUUCAACCUUUACUACGAAACAUAUACGCAGCUAAAACCUACAAAAGAGCCUUUAUUUUGAAAGAAACACUGCCCGAGUCCACAGUUUCAGCAUUUUAGUCCACACACACACAAAAGGCUUCAGGGUGAACUUUAUUAUGAUUGAAAUAAAUCACUUUAAUGAUUUAACAGAAUGAGACUUGUAUUAAUAGUUGGAUAAUGAAGUUUGAGGGUGAAUCUGCCCUCUGUUCUUCGUCUUGAAACAACCUUAUCCAUCACCUAUCAUUCUGGCACAUAUCCAGACGCCUCUUAAAGCUCCUCCUCUUCCUCUUCCUCAGGUGUUUAAACCUCGCACUCCUCCAGAAGCCAUCGCUCUCUGCUCCAGGCUGCUGGAGUACACGCCGGCCUCUCGGCUCUCCCCGUUAGAGGCCUGCUCACACGCCUUCUUCGACGAGCUCCGCCAGCCCAACACACGACUGCCCAGCGGCCGAGACCUGCCCAUGCUCUUCAACUUCAGCCCCACAGGUAGACGAGAUAUCAAACAUGAUGAUUUAAUUCAAUGGUUGUUAAUGUAGUGAUUUCUUUCCAUCUGCUGGUGUCUCUCGGUUCAUUUAAGGCCCACACGGUGACCUUAAAGGAGCUGCGAUUCAUACAGUGUGCACUUUGCUGCUGCUGCUGUUGUGAUCCGUGACUCAUAUUGAAAUAAAAACUCUUCUUUUGCAGAGCUGUCAAUUCAGCCCCAGCUGAACUCAACCCUUAUCCCUCCUCAUGCUCGCUCUCACACAGCUGCUUCCGCCCACGGUGAGAACUCCUAUUAGAACGUUUUUAAUCAUUUUAUUGUUGAUGUCAGUGCGGGGGCUUCGUGUGGGUCGAGCAAACGAAAAACUUUUUAACACAGCUCCUUUGAUUUUGUCACAGUGCGCUGACUUUUGAUUAGCUGCUGAGGAGGAGGAUUCAGCCAAUUAGAGCAGGAGUCUAUUUUUAUCUUUCUUACCUGGCGUUACAUCAGGUCAGGUCAGGGCGGUUAAUUCAGGGAAGUUCUGCAAAAUUCAUCAUGAAUACACAAUGAAUUAAACAUUUGAAACAGGGUAAUGUCAGCUGUGUAACACUAGAUGGCAGUAUUUGACUUGACAUCCCAAAAAUGUGUAAUGAGCAGGUUGGACAGAAAAAUAGUGUCUCAUUCUGAAGCUUCAGGUUUUGAAUAAAACGAAUUUACAUCCUUAAGAUCAAUCAUGUCAUCUUACUCUCUAAAGAGGAGCUCUGUUCACUGAUUUGUUGAUUUUUCUUCUUUGUAAAAACCCAAAGAGUCCAAGAUCUGUGAUCGAAUAUGCACACUUCUCAUCGUGAAAUAAAUAUCUGAUAUUGAUUUGAAUAUAUAUCAAAGUUUUUCUCUCUUCCAGACACUAAAUAUUCCUUAACAAGAUUGACCAGAAACACGACGACAGCUGCUCCAUUUGAGCAGGUGUAACGAUGGGAAUAAGAUAUUUGUUUACAGUCAGGCCCUGUGAGAGGCAGACAGCAGGAUUUAUCCAUGAUGUCAGUUUAUAUGGACAGAGCGAAAAGAUCGAAAACACAGGGCUCAAUCAAAAUAGUCGUGAUGUGAGACUUUAACAUUAAUGUGAUUUUAUGUAGAAAUUUAAAGACAGGAUUUAUUCAGAACUCUGGAUUUUCAGACCUAAUAACUUAAACAGUUGUGAGUGUUUUUGUUUGUCAUGCUGCAGACGUACUUCACAGUGAUGUAACGGGGGUCAGUCAGCUGACAGGAAAUGAGAUGAAUGUGUCGAAGGCUCUUUCUAGUCUUUCUUAUGAAUGUAUGCAGAGAAGUGUUUUCACCUGUGAAGGAGAGCUUACUUUAAACCGGAAAUCAAAGCAGAUGUGUCACUUUUACCCAGAGGUGUCUGAUUUGUUCCCAUUUAUAUCAGAAUUUUGACACAUUUUUAAGUUGACUUAAUCAUUGUUAGAAAUAUGUACCUCAAGCAGAGGGGACCUUUCUGACCGCCUGCUCCAACAGGCAGUAACAACAUUUGUGAUAGAUGACACCAAUCCCAGCGCAGCCUCUAAGUCAAAGCACUGACCUUCUGAUUGAGAUGCAGGGUUCCUACGCAAAUGUGGAAAAGUGUGGAAGUAAUUUGAUCAGUUUCCAGGUCUUAAAAAGUUUGGUAAAUGAAAAAUAAAGAAUGGAAAAAUAUUGAUGUUUCCAGACUAAAAAUACUGAUUUCUAAAAUAGAAAAGUAGGUAUUUCCAAAUGGAAAUUCCAGCUGUGUAGGAACCCUGGAGCGGUGUAUCCUGUCUGAGCUCUUUGUCCUCUCUGUGACCAGAAGUCCAUUUUUUCAGGUGGAGUGUUCGCUAAGACAGCAGCAUGAAAAAUUCACACAGAGGAAUAAAUAACAGAAUGAAAUGAAGCUGCUUUUUUACCAAACUGUACCGUCUAAACCUAAAUGUGUAACCGCCCUCUCAGCCCGACCUGACUGUCUCCUCUUCUGUCCCUCAGAUGGUACCGGCUCUGAUUCAUCUCAACACAGUUCAGUACCUGGAUCUCUUAACAGCAUCUGAAGCAGCUUCUCACCUGCCUGCCUGUCAGCCUCACCCUUACCUCAGACACACACACACACACACUCACACACACACACACACACACACACUCACACACACUGUACUGCUCUCCUCCAUGCUGCUUGCUCUCCUCUUAGAUGAUCUGUUUUGUACAGUGAACACAUUAAACGACAAACAUUAGCUCAGUAGCUGCUGCCGGGGUGUUUUAAACUACAGCAGGAGAUUGUCACACACUCUCAGAGUCGGGCUGCUGCUCAGGUGGGACGUGAAGGUUCAAUAGUGGGGGCUGGUCCUCUGUAAAAUAACCUUUUUUAAUCAACAUUUCUUCUUUAUAUUUGUGUUUAUUUAUUUGACUAAUUGAAAGAAUCAUGUGAACGUUUUUUUUUUUCCACUUCAGAUUAUUUUUUUAUUCUUCAGUGUUAGUCAAAGGUGAACCCGAACCUCCCCUGAAACACAGACCAGAGUAUGUGAAGAGGGAGAAAACGUGGAUUUCACCUGUAGAGCAGAAGCAGGGGGCGCGUUAUUUUUGAACCUCUAAGUGUUGAUGGACUGAUAGAAGAAAGAAAUGAAAGAAAAGACCUUAUCAGUGAAAAAACGUAGGAGUGAAGAUCGUGGGAAGUGUUUGUGCGUCUGUCAGCCAAACACUGACUCACAUCAGUGACCCUGUCGUCUUAGCGUCUUUUUUUUUUUAACGUCUAAAAAGUGAGCUGUCCCCCCCUUCCCAAAAAAAUCAGUAUGACUAAUACGACUGAAUAAACUGUUUUAUUGUGUUGCUGCAUUUUACCCUGAGGAUGGCGAACCGUCACCUCGCUGCACAGAGCAGACUGAACGCAGAGGGACACAGAGCGGUCCAGCGGCACAGCUCGUUCCCUCGUUAGGUCACAUUCAUGAACUCAAAGAAAACAGAAGAGAAUAAACUCUGGAGGCUCAUACUCACAGUUGUUGAAGAUAUCCUCAGAUUAGCUCUUGAAUUUCAGGAUUACAAACUCCAUGUGGUGUAAACAGAUGGUCUGAGAAAGAACGACACAGCUGCUCGGCGUGGAUUUUCCUGAACAAGAUAGGAAAUAGUCAGGAAGAACAUUAAAACCCUUUACCCCCCUGAGAGACCCCCAAAGUGGACCACAUCGUACAUACAGGUGUAUCUGGAUUUGACAGGAAAUGACUACAACAGCGUUACAAAAUAAAAGUUUGGUUUGAUUCCUCAAUUCAACAUGAAGCUUGUCUAAAAUAAUCAGGAUUAACUUUGAUUCUGUUUGAUGUUCAGUUAAAAAAAUAAAAAUGGUUUCUUGUAGAAGGAAAAAAAAUUUUAAACCAAAAAAGUCGUCUUUUAACUGUGAAAUGCACCUUUAACUAGUUUCCCUUUGCUUCUUUGUAACAUCUUAAUUCCAGAAUUCAAUCCUGGUGGCUUCGUUCAGGUCUUAGCUAACUCGUGCUUUCUUAGGCGAUGUUUAAUGUUUUUAAUCAUUAUUUAGAGUUUGAAAAAGAAGAAAAAAACUCUGUAGAUGGAGACCAUGAUGUGUCGGGGUGUCACUGUGAACGGUGGGAAGUCAAAUGUUUUAAAUCAGUGUAACUGUGGACAUCAUGUAGAGAUCGAUUAGUCCUUAAAAAAAUUCUAGAAAGUAUUAAACUCUGUGGAUAUAAAUACUAACAGCUCUCCUUUAUAAUCUGUGGUCGACUUUUUCACAUUUGAAUAAACUCGGCUGGUUCCCAUGAAUAUUAAUAACAUACAAAACGCUCCUGCUAUCUGAUCAAAAAAAUCACUUUUUGGUGGAAUCGUCCUUCAGUUGAUAACGCCUCCUUUUCUGAUGUUAGUGUAGGGAACGUCACUGUUGAACACGAAUUCUUCUGUUGUCUAAGUGAGGGAGGGAAACAGGAAUUCUGGGUAACAUUGAGUGGGGAAACUUCAUGUUCAUUUAUUUAUUUGUUUCUGGAUGUCUGGAGGAGGGUUUGAAACGGAGUCACAGCUUUUUCAGCAAACUAGUGAGGGUGAUUGGACGUGUGCUGGGCGGCUUCGUGUGAGUAGAGUAGUUGAACGUGACCUUUACGCAGGGCUGUUUGUGUUAGGUUACCGUGUGUGCGUGUGAUGUUGUACUUCUGUUUUUGUGAGGAUUGAUUUGGAUUCGUCAUCAAUAGAAGGAUUCGUUCGAGGUUAUCGGUUCGAGAAUGUAUCAUCACAGACACCAUCCUCCUCACCUAUCAAAGUACAAGUGUUAAUGUGUGUGUGUGUGUGUGUGUGUGUGUGUGUGUGUGUCUGAGCCUGCUCCAACCUGCAGUCUAAACAGUGUUUUAGGGAUUAGAGCCGUAAACAAUACCGACCUUUAGUAAGCAGUACAGACCACUUGAAAGUUUGUAGAAUAGUAUAUUUGAUACUAUUGUACCAUGCCUCCACCUGCUGUUUCGAACUGCAGCCAUGUUUGUUUGUUUCCUCUUUUUCUUAUACGUGUAGAGCUCAUGCUGAGCCUCGAUGCUUUUUGACUUCCACCACACUCGGCACAUUCACGUUAAUUUUAUAUGAGGAGAGUCGAGAGCAUUUUUUCAUUCUCUGUCCGUCAUCUCUCUUUCUCUUUCUCUCUCUCUCUCUCUGUCCUGUGGGCACGUUUUCUGCUUUCUUUGCUCUGAAGAGUCAAAUCAGCGCGUUCGAUAAACUCGGCAGGCGUCACGCUCAGAGCUGUCAGACUCCCUGUGGCUAUGAAAAGGCGUGGAAAAGCCAGGAAGAGGAAUCGAACACGUCUGAUUUUCCUCUUCCCCAAUCUCAGAAGCCAUUUUCCCCCUCACUCUCCGUCUCUUAUCGCACAUGUAAAUAUCACUGAUUUUUAUUUUCCUCUUUUUACUUUUUAUUACAGAGUUGUUUAUAUCUUAUUCCCCUCAUCCUGUUGAUGAAAGCAGUCUUAGUUUGUGCAUUUUUUUGUAAAUAAGUUUCUUUUUUCACAAUUCAAAAUGUAAAUACUGCAAAGAAAAAGGUCAGCCUACUGCUCAUGUUUGAUGAUGGUCUUUCUCUCUCUCUCUCUUUGUUGUUGUCCGAUGAGAACUGUAAAGUAACUCUUGACAGCGUUGUCAAAAAGCUGUCAUUCCUGUCCGGUCCUCGGUGGGACCACCUGACUGUUAAAUGAAUAUCUCAGAGGUUCUGUUCCAGUGUGAUCUUCUUAUGUUCGCCUGAAAUUAACUCAUGUUUGCUUAUUUGAUCCAUUUACAGCCGCAGUGUGAAUCUGGCUUCAUAAUCCUCCACUCAGCCGACUAAUCUUUGUCAACUUUUGGUCCAAAAAUCAGAAUAAAUGUAAAGCUGAACCGUGACUGUUUUAAACUUUUCCUUUUUUACAUAAUUAUGCUGAAAAACAGCAUUAACUUUUAACAGACUUUAAAUCAGACUGAAAUAAGAGGGAGCUUCUGCGUUGUUGUGUCAACUCUAGUAAAUUUCCAGUUCUGGAUGCCUCAAAAAGGCACAACCUUUAAAAAAUCAAAGACUUAAAGCAAUAUCACUCUCUGCCAGCAGGUGGCACAAGUCUCGUAAAAGCCCAUCUGCUGUACCCUUCCCUGCCUUUAGAUGGCAGUCAAUCCUUCUCUUUAAAGCUCCUGUGAAAACUUCUAGCUAUAAAACCGACUGAAAUUUACACCAAUAUACCUUUAGAGCCCUAAAAAAGUAAAAAGACUCAGCUGUCAACUAUCUUGUCUUGACGACUGUAGAGACAGACUUCUACUACUUUGUUGCAAAUAUUCAACAAUCGAGGGGGUAUCAGUUUGACCACAAGGGGGCGCCAAAAUCAAAGACAAAGUUCCUGUUUCCUCUAAACAAACGUCUUUAACCUUCUCAUACUUCAGUGUUAAUAAAAGUCAAACGGACAGUCUGCUGGUUUUUAGUUCAUGUCCCUCUCACAGCCUCUCUCUCUCUCUCUCUUGGUUGGAACAGAACUCUGUUGUUCGUCGUGUCAGAUUGUAAAGUGCUCUUGCUCUGCAGUAUUCAGAAAAAUGACUUACUCGCCACUUUGAUGUGUUAGUCUGACUGGAGUGAUUAAAAAGUGUUUAGCUGGACUAAAAAUCUCAUUUUGACGUCCAGCUGAUACCCAUGGGCAUUUUGUAUUAUAUGCUGAAUGGCAUUCAGGAUUGCUGCUACUGAUCAUAACAUGUCAGAGGUGGAUAUUAGUGUGACUGCAGACUGUGUGUGUCUUUGUGUGGCCUGGAAAAUAAGUUUUUUUUUAAUCUUUGAGAACUCAAUUGUCCGUUCUGCACCUGAAGGAUGUCACUGUUCAUGUCCCUGUUAUACUUUUAACGGGGUUUUAACUCUGGUGUUAGAUUGUUGUUCUGGAAUGAUGGUGGGAGAAAGAGAGAGAAAGAAACACAAACCUGUCUGUCUCUGUUCUGUGUGUGUAUCAUAUGGACUCAUUUACUGUAAUAAAGUGAUGAAACUGUGCUCACAUUGUGCUCCUCUUUGUUAUAGAACAUCAGUUUCAUGUUCAUUUCCUGCUUAACCGGUUCAAACCCGUGCAAAAUUGAUUAAACGAUAAAUCUUGGCUUCAUCAGCUAAACUCUAAACUUAAACUAUACUCAGAAAUUUAAGUUUAUACUCUGGAAUUUAUCCUGAUAACAUAUAUUGGUUAAACUGCAGGGUUCCCAGAGCCUUCAAGCCUUUUAACCAUGUUCUAAAAAUGGAUCUGACACUCUCGCUGUCCGUACUGCCUGUCUAAAGUGAUCAUACUAACAUUUUGAAUUUCCCUUCGGGGAUCAAUUAAGUUAUUCUUAUUAUUAUUCUUAGUGUGAACCUGAGAAUUACUCACACAGGCCUGGAAAGAAAAAUCUGAGAUAUAAAGUUUUAAUUGAUUAAAUGAUUGAUUAGUUUAUUGUAUUUAUAAUCAGUAUGUUGGUUGGCUGAAUUGAACUGUUAUUAUUUUAAUAUCAUUGUUGAUAUUGCCUUUUAUAUAUACUAUCCUGUUUCAGCUUUCAACCCCCUUUUUAACUGAAUUUUCUUUUUUUUCUUAACUAUUUUUCGUUUUUAUUUUGGUCCUAAUGGUCUCAUUUUAUGUUGCAUGGGCACAAAAAUGACCUUAAAAUCCGUUUUAACUGAGUUUUUUGCGUUUGUUCUUUCUUUUUCCAUGUGCUUUAUGACAAUAUAUCAAAGCACUUUGUAAACUUCUGUUUUUAAAAGAACUUAACAAAAAGAGUUAUUAUUAUUAUUAUAAUUACUACUGCAGUUCUCCUC